AAGAGUUCCGCAAAUCCACAGAAGUUGAUUUGGGGAUGGUCUGGACGGACUAAAUCUGAACCAAUAAUAGACGACUAUUUUUGGGACAACUCAAGGCCAGGGCGGACCAUCUCAUAAAUUCAUCAAGUACAUCUGAUCAAAAAUAGGAAUCCGUGCGUGUAAGGGUUUAUAGUGGCAGCAGUGUAGUGUACUUGUUCUCCUCGAUCGACUGACUUGCUCAUUCUAUUAGGGUAAACGACAAAUAAAAGCCAGGCUAAUUUAUAAUAUGGACGUUUUCAAAUACCCAGUUUUUUUCGAGUGCCAGACUCUGGACGCAUCUCAGAGAAAGAAGAUAAAAAAGUACUUUGAAAUUCGCCGUAAAUCCGGUGGCGGAGAUUGUGGACCAGUAGAAUCAGUUGGUGACAACGUUUACAAGAUCGCAUUUAUUUACCAGACAGUACAGGAGAGGGUACUUCAGAAACCUAAUCAUGUGUUGGAGAUGCCUGGGGGACCUCUCUCCCUCACUCUGAGAGGCAGCCUGGAGCCUCCACCCACAACAACCUCUCCAGUCAGCAGUCAGGAGAGUCACUCCCUCCCGGUCGAGACAUCUUCACCUGGUGGUGGAGAACAUGUACUUCAUCGUCUGAGCACAGGGAAGCGGGAGAAGUUCAACACCACCUGUCGUUUGGGAAAGGCCGAGCUCCGUCUUCUAGGGGAAGUGAUGGAGAAGGAUCUAGUACAGGAGAGGGUACUUCAGAAACCUAAUCAUGUGUUGGAGAUGCCUGGAGGACCUCUCUCCCUCACUCUGAGAGACAGCCUGGAGCCUCCACCCACAACAACCUCUCCAGUCAGCAGUCAGGAGAAUAACCACUCCCUCCCGGUCGAGACAUCUUCACCUGGUGGUGGAGAACAUGUACUCCAUCGUCUGAGCACAGGGAAGCAGGAGAAGAUCAGCAUCACCUGUCAUCUGGGACAGGCCGAGCUCCGUCUUCUAGGCGAAGUGAUAGAGAAGGAUCUAGGUGAGGUUGUUCCAGGGGUGAGGUUGACACGCCUUGACUCAGCUCAGCUGGUGCUGCAGGGCUACGCAAAUGAAGUCCGGACAGCCAGACAGUUGGUUACAGAUAAAAUGUCUCUGGUGCUAGAAAGGGUAGUGCCUGAGGUUUCCCUCAACCUCCUGUCCUUCCUGAGGGAGGAGUAUGGGAGGCCUGGGGCCCUGGGCAACCUUCUGGGGUUGGAAGGCCAGGUGGAGGUAGAGCUGGGGGACACAGAGCUCUGUCUGUUCGCCCUCUCCUCUGGGAAACUGGACCAGGCUGAGAAGGAUCUGUUGGGGGAGUUUGGGGAGGAGAAGAUCGACUUGCCCAACAGUGCUGCCAUCCCGGCUGAACUGAGGUCCAAGCUUGAGAAGAAGGUGAAGGAGAUGAACCAGAGCAGGUGCAGGGUGGUGGCCAGGUACGGUCCUGGGUGUAGAGUGCAGCUGCUGGGCCACCUGAAGCAGGUUCAGGAGCUGAGGGAGGAGAUCGGGGCCUUUCUCAUAGACCGGUCCAGUCCUCCGGCUGGGGCUGCAGUAGUGGUGCGUCAAGGUGACAUCACCAAGGAACGGGUGGACGCGCUGGUGAAUGCAGCCAAUGAGGACCUGGAUCAUGCUGGGGGCGUGGCUGCAGCUCUGAGCUGGGCGGGGGGGCCUGAGGUACAGUGGGCCAGCAGAGAUCUGGUUAGGCAGAUAGGGAGAAUACCCACAGGUACAGUGGUAGAGACUACAGGAGGGAAUCUGCCUUGUAAGAUUCUGCUGCAUGCAGUGGGACCAGUAGGUGGCAGCGUAGGUGGGAAUGAGCGCCCUCUGUUGGAGAAGACAGUAAAGACAGCCCUGGAUCUGGCAGAGACCAUGGAGCUCCAGACCCUGGCCAUGCCCUGCAUCAGCUCGGGGAUAUUCGGCGUUCCUCUGAAGGUGUGCUCUGAGGCCAUAGUCUCUGCAGUGAGGGACUUUGGGAGGGAACAGCACAUCCUUACCAAGGUCACUCUGAUUGAUGUGAGUGGAGAGGCAGUGAAAGCCAUGCAGGAGGCCUGUGAUAGGCUGUUUCAGGGGAAGAGGGAGUUUUCUGGUUGGGAGGGAGAGUCCAGCACCACCACCACUACCACUACACAUGCUCCUCAGAGAGACACCACUUCUGCCUCCACCAGGGGAGCAGCGGCUCCAGAGGUCUGUGUCCAGCUGGAGAUCAUCCAGGGAACCAUAGAGAAGCAGCAGGUGGAUGCCCUGGUGUCCCCCAUGGUUGGUAGUGACCCUCUCUCCUCCCGUGUUGGUAAUGUCUUGUCGAAGGCAGCUGGACCGGGGCUGAUGAAAGCGUUUCUGAGGGAAUCAAGGGGACAGACUGCACCUGGUGACAACGUCCUGGUGGAGGGAAUGUCUGGUCUCAGCUCUGGCUGUGUCUUCUUCCUCAGCUGUGCACUAUGGGACAACAACCCCCAAGGACCAGCAGUACAGGCUCUGAGGCAGGGUGUGAGGAAAAUCCUGACCUCUUGUGAGAAACGGGGCCUCCGUUCCAUUGCCUUCCCUGUAGUUGGAACUGGUGUGGUUCUCCAGUUCCCUCACAACCUGGCAGCGCAGGUUCUGCUAGAAGAGAUCCGUAGGUAUGAACAGAAUCGAGCAAGCAGAAGCCCUUUCCUUGUCCGCAUUGUCGUCCAUCCAACUGACAGAGAUUCUACCAAGGCUUUUCAGACUGCCCAGAAUGCUUUGCAUCUCAGAGGGUUCGUAUUGGGUGCUCGACCAGAGCAAGACAUCAGGAUUGUGCUGCUGGGGAAAACCGGAGGAGGUAAAAGCAGUGCUGGAAACACCAUCUUCGGACAAGAUGAUGUGUUUCUCGUAGACAGUUCCUCCACCUCCGCAACACAAAUAUGUGAAGCGCAGACCAAGAACAUCAAAGGAAGAAACAUCACCCUGAUUGACACACCUGGAUUCUUUGACACUGACAUCCCUAAAGAGGAGCUGAAACCUAAAAUAGUCAAAUGUAUAACAGAGUGUGCUCCGGGGCCGCAUGCCUUUCUCAUUGUACUGAAAGUGGAACGGUAUACAGUUCACGAAAAAGAAGCUGUAGCGAAAAUCGAGAAAUAUUUUUCACCAGAGGCCUUCAAAUAUGCCACAGUCCUCUUCACUCAUGGUGAACAACUCAAUGGUUUGACCAUUGAGAAGUUUGUCCAACAGAAUUAUGAACUGAACAAGCUUGUGGAGAAAUGUGGAGGCCGCUGUCACGUCAUCGACAACAAAUACUGGAACACCAAUCAGCAGGGUCAGCACAGCAACCAGUACCAAGUAGCAGAGCUACUCAACACCAUAGAGAAGAUGGUGAGAGAGAACGGAGGAGGAUGCUACACCAACGAGAUGCUCCAAGAGGCAGAGAGAUUAAUACAAGCAGAGAUGGAGAGUCUUAGGAAGGAGUUAAAAGGCCAGAUGUCAGAGGAAGAGAUGAGAAAACAGGCUAAAGAAAGAGCGAGAAAGAAGCUCCUGAUCAAAUUAUCAGGGAUUGUAACAGGUGCAGUGGUAGGAGCUCUACUAGGGGUGUCAAUGCUGAUAAUGCUACCACUCACACUCGCUACACAACCAUUGCUCAAUUUAGUCAAAAGUCAGAUAGCAGCUUCAAUGACAGGGCCAGCAGUCGUGGCGGAGGUAGCAGGACCAGCACUUGCAGCAGAGACAGGGGCGACCAUGGGAGUGGGUUCAGGGAUAGGCAUAGGAGCAGGGAUAGGCAUAGCUGUAGGAGUUGUUGCUGGAACCGCCGCAACAGCAGGAGCGGUAAUAGGAGGGAUAGUAGGAGCUACUGCAGCAGAGGAGGCAGAGACAGUACAGGAGGCAGCAGAGAAAGCAGCUAGUGCUGUCUACAAUGAAGCUAAGGGUCUUUAUGAAAAAGCAGAAAACCUUUUGAUAGGGUACAGUAAGUCUAAGUAGAUGAGAUAUACCUGAAACCAUUGCGUGAUGGCAACGUGUGUUUCAAUAUCUAAUAAUUAUGUAGACAACAGUCAGUUCUAUACCACUGUAGAAUAGCUGCUUGUCCAACAUAUGUAGCUACUUGUCCAACAUAUGUAGUUGCUUGUCCAACAUCUGUAGCUGCUUGUCCAAAUAUAUAGAACAUUUUUAUUUUGUAUAUAUAUUUUACAUUUUUUCAUUGUUUUGUAAAAAUCAAGGGAUAUUGUGACAAAUAGGGCUGUGGCAGUCAUGAAAUUUUGUCAGCCGGUUAUUGUCAUGUAAAAGACUGCUGGUCUCACUGUAAUUGACCAUUAAUUAACAUAGACAUGUUUAGCAUCUGGAGGCCUCCACUCAUACAAGUAGCAUACAGGCAGCAGAUGUGCACUUUUGGAACAUCUACAUUUAAAAAGUCUAAUAAAUCAAUUGAAUAUACACCAUAACAAUAAACCUAUUAUUUAGUUUAGGAAGGUCUAAAUAAACAUUAUGAUAUGAAGAAAAUGUAUUUCAGAAGAACAGAAUAUGAGUUAGCCAGAUAACAUACAGUAGGCCAUGUGCCAUACCAUAGGCUGUAUAGGCUUGGUCUUUUAGCAGACAAGAUAUGCUUAAGACCCGUGUCAAUAAUUUAUAGUAUAUGAUUUUAUAGUAAGAAGAAUGUAAUUGAACUUAGCCGAAUAAAAUAGAUAGGUUAUUUUUCCUAUUCCGGAGCUAGUGCGCAUAUUAAGUGAUCAUUUGAAACAGGUCCUAUAGAGUUAUAUGGUACAAACCUUAG